GAAUUAGGAUUAUCGUGUUGAAGAAGUUCACGGCAACAGACAGGAGACAGGUGACCUAAUUACCCCUGCACAAACCCUAACCCUUCGUCCCAACGUCAAACCCUUGACAAAAAUCCUAUCAUUUCUUCACCCCCAAUCCAAAAACUACAAUGGAAGGUCCGAUCAACGGGGGAAUGUUGUACCACGAGGUACAAGAAUCAAAACUAUGCGCCGUUCAUUGCGUAAACACGGUGUUGCAGGGCCCUUUCUUCUCCGAGUUCGAUUUGGCCGCCCUCGCUUCCGAUCUUGACCGGAGAGAGCAUCAGAUGAUGCUUGAAGGCUCCGCCGCUGCUGCCGGAGAUGCUUUCUUGACGGAGGAAUCGUUUAAUGUGUCCAUGGAUGGUGAUUUCAGUAUCCAGGUGUUACAAAAGGCAUUAGAGGUGUGGGACCUACAGGUGAUUCCACUCCACAGUCCGGUAGCCGAACCAGCGCAGGUGGACCCGGAACUUGAAAACGCUUUCAUAUGCCAUUUGCAAGACCAUUGGUUCUGCAUCAGAAAAGUCAAUGGUGAAUGGUACAACUUCGACAGUUUAUACGCAGCCCCCGAACAUCUAUCAAAGUUCUAUCUUUCCGCAUAUCUCGACACGUUAAAAGGUUUCGGGUGGAGCAUCUUUUUGGUCCGGGGUAACUUCCCAAAAGAGUGCCCGAUGACAUCUGGUGAAACUACUAAUGGUUUCGGUCAGUGGCUGCUGCCCGAAGACGCUGAACGUAUAAUCAAGUCGUGUAAUUCCGGGCAGCGGCAGCAACACCAUCAACAGCAGCAGUUGCAGCCGCCUAGAACUCCGCCAAUGGAAGAAGAUGAUGAUCUAAAUGCUGCCAUUGCCGCUAGUUUGAGAGACACCGCUGGUGAAGCUGGGACUUCUGGGAAUGAUCAUGAUGAUGAUCUGGAGGCCGCGAUAGCCGCUAGCUUGAAGGAUUCUUCACCGGCGGUGGUAAACAAAGAAAAUGAUGCGGUAACUGCACCAGCGGCAGUAGCCACCUUGACUGAUACCACACCGCCAGCGACUCCUGUUACUGGGGGUGAAGACGAAAAUGAAAGUAAGAAGAGUGGGUUGCAAGAUAAGUGACUCGGUGAACAUGCGAACUACAUGUACUUUGUUUUGUUGAAAAGAAACCCUCUGCUUUGUUGUAAUGACUUGUCAAUUUGUUUUACUUUUAUUUCAUGGAUUUCUAAACUGUGAACAAUUUGGGUUAACAAAAUAAGACAAAUUUUAUGGCAAGCAAA